AUGUCCAAAAGAAGUGAAGAACAUGUGAUGUUUAAGAAUUCUAAUUACUUACUAGACUCAAAUUCAAUUGAUAUGAAGAAGCAAUUCAAUUUUAAUAUAUACGACCGUCAAUCAUCUGCAGAACGUAAAUCUACUGACAGUGGAUAGGGAAGAUAUUAUAACUCAUAUUAUUAAAGGCCAUAACCUUAAAGAUCUCCUAAUGAAUAUAAGCCAUUUACUAAUAAUUAAUUGAGUAAAAUACCAUCUUUUUUGAAUUAUGAUAAAGGUGAUAGACCUAAACGAUUUCCUUCAAACGAAAUUUAAUAACAAGUAAAUUCAUUUUAGUAUCUUCCUAAAUAAUAAUACUCUUCUAUGCAUGAUAGAGAAUAAUCUUAAAAAAGAAUGUUUUAUUUGAAUGAUAUUGUGUAAGUGUAAAAAAGAUAAUAAAGCCCAACUAUUUUUUCAAAAAAAUAAAGUCUUAUAGAUGUAGAUAGAACAUGGAUGUAUACUAAUUAAUAAAAGCAUACUUUUUUUAGUCCAAAAAAUAAUGUUUAACCAAAAUUAUCUAAAAAUGCUAGUGAUUAUAUUUCAAAUUAUCGGCCAUUCACAUCAUUGGAUGUAUAAAAUGAUAAGAAUUUAAACUAAAAUGCAUCAUAAAAACUUCAUCCAUAUUUAAACAAUAAUUCAAAAUUUGAUAUAGACAAACUGAGAAUGGAAUUGGAAUAAUACAAGAUAAAUAAUAAAAGUAGAGUAGGAGAUGGAAUAUCUAUUUUAAAAAAUAGAGAAGCGAAUAAGGAUUCUAAUAAUAAAUUUAUUAAAAGAGAUGUUUCACCUAAAUUAAACUUUAAUUACAUUAAACCAAAAGGUAUUCAUAUAUAACAUUUAUAGCUGAAGAACAGAAAAAAGAUAUUUUUUUUAAUUAUAGAUAACAAAAGUAGAGUUCUCCAUAAAAAUAGAUUUAAAGUUUAAAAGCUUCAGAAUUAGGAAAUCCAAAAAAAUAACCAUUUUAAUUAAUAAACCCAAAAAGUGAUUAAUAAGGAAUUUUUUCUGAUAAUUAGAGAUAUUUAUAGGAUCGAAGAAAGACUCCAGAAACAAAUAGGGUAGAAGAAUUAAGAAAAUAGUUAUAUAGUACUUAUAAAUCAUCAAAUAAAGAUUUAUUUUUUGAAUCACUAAAUAAGUCUACACCUUAUAAUAAGAGUAAUAUUCAUAAUGAUUAGUAGUUGCAAAUUAAAGAGAAUAAAAUUAGUAAUCAUCUAUUAAUAGAGAGAAAGAUUAGAUAAAAUAUAAAUUAGAUAAGAAAUUCAUCUGA